UUUAAGAGCUUCUUCUUUCUCUUUUCUAUCAAAUUAAGCUCAAGAAUAUUAGUUAAGGAUGAUGUUAAGGAAACUUGGAACAUUAAUAUUUGUCCUAAGUUUCUUCUUUUAUGCUUCAGGUAAGGAAGUUUCCAUCAAUGCGACAAGUGAGAGCCUUUCAACAAAGAAGGAAAAAUGUACCUAUUUUGUGACAAUAGAGACAACAUGUAUAAAGGGUGCAGACACCUCAAACCAUGUAAGCCUAAGGUUUGGUGAUGAAAAUUCCAAUGACAUUUUAGUGCACCAUUUGAAUUCCAAGCAUGUUAGGAGGGUUGAUCCAUUGGAGCCACAAGUUCUUGAUGACAUUCCAAGAAAACCAUUUCAAGCUUGCAUGAUGGAUCAGUUCCAAGUCACUGGUCAAUGUGUUAAAUCAUCAAUUUGCUAUCUGUAUCUUAAAUUGGCUGGAAGUGAUGAUUGGCGUCCUGGUUUUGCUCAAGUUCAAGUCCUGGAAGGGCCUCAUUUUAGCUCAAAUACAUUCUAUUUUCGACGAUAUUUGCCUCGUCACGUGUGGCAUGGAUCGGACUUGUGUGAAACACAGGUCACACCUUUUGGGGUAAAGCGCAAGAGAAAUGUAUUUGGAAACAGAACUCCAUAAACCUUUAUGUCUUAUGAAAUUAUGAAAGUGAAACACAAUAAUUUUAAACUUGUAAUGUACUUCGAGUAAAUUCAAUUUGAACAUAUAGAGAUAGAUUUUCCGUUUUAAAAUCACAUCUUGCGUCGCAUUCAACAAAUACUUCAUGCUGUAAGUAUUUUUUUUUUUUCAAUUGAUAGACGAUUUUAU